UCAACUUACGAAUCUUCUGUUCAACCGCUUUCCGCUUUCUACCGGAUUCGACCGCUUGAACGUGUGUGGGUUGACCUCGACUUGGUCAAUCUUAGAAGUGCGUCACUGACGAGGCGGAUUACCUGCCUCACCCAGAAGUCUCUCUCCACGGGAUCUGGGUCAUUGACUCGUUGGUGUUGGGUUCAGAGUUCCCGGGUUGGAUUGAGGACAGCGGGUCGCCGUUCGAUUAGUAGUACCACCCGUGGCACCAUGAGUUCCGACGACGACGACUUCGAUCCCAUGUUCGAUGGCGGAGGCGGAGCGGCCAAGAAGCCGGUGGCCAAGUCUGCGACCACCAAUGGAGCCACCAAAGCCGGCAAAGCCAAUGGCGUGGGUGGCGGUGAUGGCGGCAAGAAGCGCUUGUCGGUCGAGAGAAUCUAUCAGAAGAAAUCCCAAUUGGAGCAUAUCUUGCUCCGUCCGGACACUUAUAUUGGUUCGGUCAAUCCGGUGACGGAGAAGAUGUGGGUUUUGGAUGCGGAUAAUCAACGGAUCGUCAACAAGGAGAUCACCUAUGUGCCAGGCCUGUACAAGAUCUUCGACGAGAUCCUGGUGAAUGCGGCGGACAACAAGCAGCGAGACCCCAAGAUGGACACCAUUCGGAUUGAUAUCAACGCGGAGAAGAACGAAAUUAAGGUGUUCAACAAUGGGCGUGGCAUUCCGGUGGAGAUGCACAAAGACGAGAAGAUGUACGUGCCCACGUUGAUUUUCGGUCAUCUCCUCACAUCGUCCAACUUCAACGAUGAAGAGGAAAAGGUCACAGGUGGGCGGAAUGGCUACGGUGCCAAGCUGUGCAACGUGUUCUCCACCAAGUUCGUGGUGGAAACGGCCAGUAAGGAGAACCGCAAAGAGUUCAAGCAAGUGUGGGAGAAUAACAUGAGCAAGGCCAAAGAGGCCAAGCUCAAGGACUUUUCUGCCGAAGACUACACCCGCAUCACCUUCUGUCCGGACUUGCCUAAGUUCAACAUGGAGUCGUUGGACCCAGACACCGUGGCUCUGCUCUCUCGACGAGCCUAUGACAUUGCGGCCUCUAGUAAAGGAGUCAAGGUUUUGCUUAAUGGUAAGCGGAUCCCGGUCAAGAACUUUAAGGAUUACGUCGACUUCUUCAUCAAGGGCCAUGAGGACGAAACGGGCAACCCCGUGAAGGCCAUUUAUGAACAAGCCCACGAGCGGUGGGAAGUGGCGGUGGCUGUGUCCGACAAUGGAUUCCAACAAAUGUCGUUCGUGAAUAGUAUUGCCACCACGAAAGGCGGUCGUCAUGUGGAUUACAUCUCAAAGAUGAUUGAGAACAACAUUGCCGAGAUCCUGAAGAAGAAGAACAAAGGAGGGGUCACCAUCAAACCACAUCAAAUCCGAAAUCACAUUUGGCUCUUUAUCAACUGUCUCAUUGUCAAUCCGACGUUCGAUUCGCAAACCAAGGAAAACAUGACCCUCCAAGUGAACAAGUUCGGCUCGAAGUGCGCCAUGACGCCCAAAUUCUAUACUCAGCUCUCCAAGUCAGGCGUGGUCGAGUCGGUCUUGGCUUGGUCCAAGUUUAAAGCCGACCAAGAGAUGAAGAGCAAGCAUUCGUCGAAGAAAACCAAUAAACUUAAGGGCAUCUCCAAACUCGAGGACGCCAACGACGCCGGCACGAAGAACAGCAUCGAUUGCACGCUCAUUCUCACCGAAGGGGACUCAGCCAAGACAUUGGCCGUGGCCGGCUUGGGAGUGGUUGGGCGUGACAAGUACGGCGUCUAUCCUCUGCGUGGAAAGCUGCUGAAUGUGCGAGAAGCCACGCACAAGCAGAUCAUGGAGAACAAGGAAAUCAAUGAGAUGGUAAAGAUCAUCGGAUUGACGUAUAAGAAGAAGUACAACUCCAUUGAAGAUCUCAAAUCAUUAAGGUACGGAAGGCUCAUGAUCAUGACCGAUCAGGAUCAAGACGGCUCGCACAUCAAGGGUCUUCUCAUCAAUUUUAUUCACCACAACUGGCCCUCUCUGUUGCGUCUCCCGUUCCUGGAGGAGUUCAUCACGCCAAUUGUGAAGGCCACCAAGGGCUCGUCGUCGCUCUCAUUCUUUUCCAUGCCUGAAUUGCAAGAGUGGAAGAGUCAAACCGACAACUGGCACACGUACAAGAUCAAGUAUUACAAAGGUUUGGGAACCUCCACGUCCAAGGAGGCCAAGGACUACUUUUCCGAUAUGAAUCGCCAUCGAAUCCUCUUCAUGCAUGAAUCCGACCAGGACGAUCAUGCCAUCAACAUGGCCUUUUCCAAGAAGGCUGUCGACCAGAGAAAGGAGUGGCUCACCACUUGGAUGGAGGAAUGUAAGCGCCGUAAAGAGUUGGGACUCUCCGAGAUCUAUCUCUACGAGAAACAAACCAAGAGUGUCACCUACUCAGACUUUAUUAACAAAGAGUUGGUGCUGUUCUCCAAUUUGGACAACGAGCGGUCCAUCCCAUCCGUGGUUGAUGGGUUCAAACCUGGCCAGAGAAAAGUCAUGUUCACCUGCUUGAAACGCAACGACAAGCGUGAGGUGAAAGUGGCCCAAUUGGCCGGAUCUGUGGGCGAAAUGUCCGCCUACCAUCACGGCGAAGCUUCUCUCAUGGGGACAAUCAUCAACUUGGCUCAAAACUAUGUUGGCUCGAACAAUGUGAAUCUCCUUCAACCCAUCGGUCAGUUUGGAACACGUUUAGCCGGUGGCAAGGAUCACGCUUCGCCACGUUACAUCUUCACUCAGAUGAGUCCUCUGGCCCGAUUGAUCUUCAACCCCAAUGACGAUGCAAUUCUCAAUUACUUGACGGAUGACAAUCAGAAGAUCGAACCCGAAUGGUAUAUGCCCAUUCUGCCAAUGGUGCUUGUGAACGGCGCAGAUGGCAUUGGAACGGGAUGGAUGACUAAGAUUCCCAACUACAAUCCGAGAGAAAUCGUCCAGAACCUUUUGCGAAUGCUCGAGGGCCACGAGCCCGAAGAUAUGAACCCCUGGUUCAAGAACUUCAAGGGCCACAUCGAAAGCCUUGAGAACCAACGUUACGUCGUCAACGGCGAAAUUGCGAGCAUCUCCGACAACAAGAUUGAAAUCACCGAGUUACCUAUCCGGACUUGGACUCAAUCCUACAAAGAACAGGUCAUGGAGCCCAUGCUCAAUGGAUCGGACAAGAUUCCGGCCAUUAUUCAAGAUUACAAAGAGUACCACACCGAUGUGACCGUCAAGUUUAUUGUUCAAAUGAAUUCAGACAAGUUGCGCCAAGCCGAGCUCGACAAAGGCCUUCAUCAAUUCUUCAAGCUUCAAACCACCAUCUCCACGUCAUCGAUGGUUCUCUUUGAUGCCAAGGGCUGCCUAAGAAAGUAUGAGGGAGUGCUUGACAUCAUGAGAGAGUUCUUCCAUCUUCGAUUGGAAUUCUAUGGCAAACGCAAGGACUACAUGGAAGGCAUGCUCGAAGCAGAGGCGCUCAAGCUCUCCAAUCAGGCCAGAUUCAUUCUGGAGAAGUGCGACGGGACUUUGGUCGUCGAGAACAAGAAGCGAAAGGCCAUGAUUGACGAACUCCAUCGCAAAGGGUUUGACUCGGACCCCGUGAAGAAAUGGAAGAUUGCUCAAAAACUGGACGACGUAGCCGAGAGCGAUUCUGAAGAAGACCAAGACGGCGGUGACCUUGACUACGACUACCUGCUGGGUAUGGCCAUGUGGAGCCUGACCAAAGAGCGGAAAGAUGACCUGCUGAAGAAAAAAGACGAGAAACACCAAGAGCUCCGCCAUCUUCGUGACAUGUCCAAAGAAGAUCUGUGGAAGAAGGAUCUUUCAGAAUUCAUCGAGAAAUUGGAUGAAGUCGAGGCCAAAGAGCUUGAAGACCAGAAGAGCGGCGUGUCCAAGGACAAAGCCCUCAAAGGAAUGGGAAAGAAGAAGAAGGUCAAAGAAGAGGCCUUGCCAUCGCCCGUGGGAAUUCGCAUCAUUCCUCGAAUCGCUGAGGAGCUGAAGAACAAGGCGGCCAAGGCCGCAGCCGCCAAGACGAAGAAAGGAGAAAAGCUCGACAAGAAGGCUCUCAAGGAGACGGAGGAGGAGAAAGACGAAUUCGACUUCAUGUGUGACGACAAGGACAUGAACCGAUCUCUUUCCGAAAAGCUGGGCCUCUCCGCUGCUCCAAAUGGCAUCAAGAAGGCUACCAAGCACAAGAAGACGACGCCUUUGAGCUCCACUGAUUCGAGUCCCAGAAAGAAGCCCAAGAUGGCGGCCAAAGGCAAGAGCAAUCCUUGGGACGACGAUUCCGAUGAAGAAAGUGAUCCCUCCGACAAGGAUUUUAGCUUUGACGACUCCGACUCUGAAUUUUGAUGUUCAUUAAAUGAUGUUAUCAUUUCAA